AUGGUGACAUUGCGUACGAUCAUGGUGGCCUUUAACAUUGCCCACCACGACCUCAACACGACGCUCCAGUACAACUCGACGACUGCGAAUUUGACGGGCCGUCAGACUGUUCUGGCUCUCGUCGCCGGCAACGGCACGUACGCCGACAUCGUCCCCUCUCUCGUCUCGCGGUACAAUGCCGACUUCUCCAACAUUGUCCCGUUCGUGUUCCGCGGACAGAUCGUCGCCAUCUCGGUCGCUGCCGGCCUCAUUGGUCUUAUCCUUAUCCGCGAGUGGAUCGGGCAGCUCGACUGGCAGCCCCGCCCCGCAGUUGAGGAAGAGGGCGAGCUGCGCCCUGAGGACUGGGUGUUCCGGAAUGGACGUGCGAUUCGCAAGACCGACUACGACUUCACGCGCCCUAGACGGCGGCACCGCCAUGCUGGAACUGCAGCCAAGGAGGAGCCGGCAGAGGAGCAGCCCCGGGGGCGAGACACGUUGCCUCCGCCACGCAUCGAAAUCGGCCAGCAGCAGUUUGGCGAUGACGCCCACCCUCCUCCGCGGCCAUCGCCGUCGCAUGUCGCGUUCGCCGCUCCCGAGCAGCUGGGUGAGGAGCCGUUCUGGGGCUAUGUUAGGGAUAACGACAAGGGCAAGGAGCCGGAGCGCUCUAACGGCACGGCAGAGCCCGAGGCGGAGGCCGAGGCUGGACCGUCGCGACCCGCCGCUGACGUCCCCCACGAUGUGUCCGGCAGCACGACGCCCGGAAACAAGGAUCUGGGAUGGCGUCUGCAGGACGCCUUGGAGAACCCCGACGAGCGUUCGUACGGAGGACCGUCGCCCGGUCGACCAGGCUAUGAGAGCCCCCACGGCACUGCCUACCCGCAGUCACCGCCGAACGGGCUCGCUGAGCCUUCAACGUCUGCAACUGAGGAGGCCUACUCCGAGCACCCGCCACUGGAGGAGCACGAUUCGCUGGAGACGGUUCACUCUGCUGGAAGUGGCCCCGAUUCGAGCCCCGACUUUAGGCGAGCCUCGGACCCCGGACCGCCCGCGAGCGAGUCGCCUCGGCCGCCGCAGCGGCCGUAUGGCAGCAGCUCCGGCUUCCCUGUCGAGAUCAUUUUCGAGUCGCCGCCGACGUCGCCCUCAGAGAAGACUGAGCCGUUUGUCGAGAACGGCGAGCCGUCUAGCAAGGUCCUUCUCGAUGAGGCUACCGUCGACUCGCCCGCACCUGCGACGCCUGCGAUCAUCCAUACGCCCGCGGACGACCAGUCGCCGGAUGGUUACCCGUUCCACCCGCUCGAGGAGCCUCAGCCGGAAGCCGGCGAGGCUAUCGACGGCGAGCUCGACGAGUGGACGGAUACCGGAGAUGCUGACGCCGAGGUGGAUGGAGAUGUUGAGGGUCUGGAGGACGAGGUUGACGAGAUCCAUGAGGAGCGCAUUCGUGACCUGAUCGUGGCCCGUGAGGCCAUGGCGAACCCUCUUGGUGCGCGUGAGCGUCUGGCUGAGAUCGCCGACCUCCGCGCCGAGAUCGACAUGAUGGCCGCGGGGGACCUGGCGCCUGAGGAUGAAGACGAUCGACCGCUCGACGCCGACGACUGGGAUGGCAUUCUCGAGGUCAUCGGUUUCAUUGGCCCUCUGACUGGUCUUGUGCACAACCACAUCUUCGUCUCGAUGGCCAUGUCGUGCACCCUCACCUUCCUCGUCGGUCUCCCCGUGGCCAUCGGUAAGCUGUUCCUUGCUAUCGACCCGGUCCGCGGCUCGCGCGACCUGUCGCUGCUGGUACUCCGCUCUCUCGUCUUUGUCGCCGACGGCCUCUUGUCGCUUGUCCUGACGAUUGCCCGUGAGAUCCUCAACCUGCCCCGCCUUCUUGUGCGACCCGCGUCGCAGAUCUUAGGCUCCAUGGGUGUCCAGUUCAACCUCACCGACCCGACCAUCAACCUGCCCACCCACUUCCUGAUCAGGUCGUGGGACGCGAACACAACGAUCGUGCCUGACUUCCCUACCGGAGCCACGCCGGCUGGUCGUGUCUUCGACGGCCUCGAGUUCCUUGGCAACUUCUGCUUCGAGGCGUACAAGGCUGUGCGCCUCCGCUUCGUGUCUGUCGCGGCUUCGCCUGCUGUCAUGGACCAGUUCUGGUGCCUCGUCACCGGCUACGCCGUCUUCGCGACCUUCCUGAUCACGAUCGCCGUCCUUGACACUGCCCACCUUCUGAACAUCAAUGCUGCGAUUAUGGAGCGCGCCCGCGAUGUUCAGGUCUUCCUCAAGGUUCUGUUCUUCAUGACGCUCGAAAUGGUCAUGUUCCCGCUCUUCGUCGGCAUCGUCAUUGACCUCUGCACCAUGCCCCUGUUCGGCGCAACGGUUGCUUCCCGCAUCGCCCACUACGGCCACCGCACCUUCGGAUCGCUCUUCAUCGCAUGGCUCAUCGGGUCGAUCUUCAUGUUCUCCUUCGCCGCCUUCCUCACCCACAUGAGGACCAUCUGUCGCCAAGGCGCACUCUACUUCAUCCGCGACCCCAGCGACCCCGCCCACUCGCCCGUCCGCGACAUCAUGGAGCGCCCGGCGCUUGUCCAGCUUCCCCGCCUCGCUGUCUCGGCAGUGAUGUACUGUGUCAUCGUCUUCACCAUCUUUGGCACUAUGCCGUACUUCAUGUGGGCACUCGGAGCCACGACUUCGCUGUUCAAGGGCGUCCUUCCACUGCGCUUAGAGCAGCGCCCGCUCAGCAGUGUGCCCUUCGAUCUCCUGUUCUUGCACCUGAUCGUUCCACCGUCGUGGGAAGGACUUAAGGUGUACACCCACGUGAAACAGGGCCUCGCGGCUUGGUGGCUGUUCGUCGUGCGCCAGCUCGAGCUUAGUUCACUCGUGUUCGGCGUUAACACGGGCAACCGCCCCAUGUCCCGCUUCUCGCAGCUUGGUUGGAUCGUUGCCGACGCCGUCUGCCAGCGUGUCUUUGGCACGUACGACAACCGCGCGACCCCCGCCCGCGUCCCUAACAGUGAUCGUAUCAAGCUCCUGUCACUCUCGGAGCGCCGCAAGGAGGGCAUGUUCAUUCUGCUUGACAGCAACGGAGCGCCCCGCACGCCCGCGGACGAGAUCAGGCUGCUGAAGCAAGACCGUGCUGCCCGCCGCGCCGGCCGCAACCCGAAGAGGGACUAUACCGUCGUCCAACUGCCAGAGUUCUGGCGCACCCGUGUCUAUGCUCUCUUCGCUUCGGCCAUGCUGAGCGCCGCGGCGGUUGUCGCCACCGUUGUCCUCGUCCCUCUCUGCGUGGGCCGCAUGGCCACGAACAUGGUCUUCCAUGAGCAAAUCUACGACGGCUACAACUGGAUUGUUGGAGGCUACAUCUGUUGGGGCUCGUAUGCGCUCGGCAAGGACUUGCAGCGCCGCAUCAUCACAUACUCACGUGCGCGCCGCAUCCGCAAGUCUGGCACGAGCACCCGCGCCAAGCGAGUGGUCCUCGCUCGUCUAUCGAACGCCUACGCCCUCGCGCUCCUGUACUUUGCCUUCCCGCUGCUCGUCGGUGUCAACUUUGAGCUGUUCAUCGGUGUGCCUGCGCGCUACGGACUGGCUCGCGGCGUGACGCCUGUUCUGCACCUGUGGGACGCUUGGGCGAUGGGUGUCGCCUUCAUUUCCAUUUUCGUCGGCGUCAUUGGCUUCGCCAACGAGGGUGGCAACCUGCCCCUUGCGGAGCGGCUCCGGGACGCUUUCAAGCACCCACUGCACCAGCCGUUCGUCCAGCUCAGCGAGUUUGUUCUGCCGAUCCUCGCCAUCCUGCUUGUCCCGAUUACCGUCCCGUGGGCCGUCUUCCUCGGUGUGCGCACUGCGCUCGCAGGUCUCGGCCUCGCUGGCUUCGUGGACGGUACGGCGGCGUUCCGGCUCACCUACCCGCUGCUCUUUGUUCCGAGUGCGGCAUUCCUGCUGCGGUGGCCCUUACGCCGUCUCCUCGGCAGGGUGCGACAGUGGAUGAUUGACGCCGAGUACGUCGUGUACGAGCGUGUGGAGAAUUAUGAGCCCGAGGCAGACGACGGAGGCAGCGAGUGGGAGGAUGUGGACGCCGAGGCGGACGGCGCGAUGCGGUUAGACUGGCCCGGCCGACUGGGCGGAGAGGCGGGCGCUAUCGAGCUCGGAGGGCCGCCCCCGCUCGAGCCCAUCGAGUAG